ACCACCGGGCGCCCCGCCCGCCACCCCGCUCCGCUCCGGACUCGGCUUCGACGCGCCGCGCCCGGUCUCUGCACCCAACGUCCUCGCACAGGUUCCCUGCAGGGCACCCACAGCUCCACCAUGGGGCUGGCCUGGGCACUCGGUGUCCUAUUCCUGGGGCACGUGUGUGCCUCCAACCACAUUCCAGAGUCAAGCACAGACAACAGCGUGUUUGACAUCUUUGAACUCACUGGGGCUGCCCGCAAGGGUUCUGGGCGCCGGCUGGUGAAGGGCCCCGAUCCUUCAAGCCCCGCUUUCCGCAUCGAAGAUGCCAACCUGAUUCCCCCCGUACCUGACGACAAGUUCCAAGACCUGGUGGACGCCGUGCGGGCUGAGAAGGGCUUCCUCCUCCUGGCCUCCCUGCGGCAGAUGAAGAAGACCCGAGGCACGCUGCUGGCCCUCGAGCGCAAAGACCGCUCCGGCCAGCUCUUCAGCGUGGUGUCCAAUGGCAAGGCAGGCACGCUGGACCUGAGCCUGAACCUGCAGGGCAAACAGCGUGUGGUGUCUGUGGAGGAAGCACUCCUGGCCACAGGCCAGUGGAAGAGCAUCACCCUGUUUGUGCAGGAGGACAGAGCCCAGCUCUACAUCGACUGCGAGAAGAUGGAGAGUGCUGAGCUUGAUGUCCCCAUCCAGAGGAUCUUCACCAGGGACCUGGCGAGCAUCGCCAGACUGCGCAUUGCAAAGGGAGACGUCAAUGAUAACUUCCAGGGGGUGCUGCAGAACGUGCGGUUUGUCUUUGGAACCACACCAGAAGAUAUCCUCAGGAACAAAGGCUGUUCGAGCUCUACCAGUCCUGUUCUUACCCUCGACAAUAAUGUGGUGAAUGGGUCCAGUCCUGCCAUCCGUACUGACUACAUUGGCCAUAAGACCAAGGACCUGCAGGCCAUCUGUGGCAUUUCUUGUGAUGAGCUGUCUAGCAUGGUCCUGGAGCUCCGGGGCCUCCGCACCAUUGUCACCACGCUUCAGGACAGCAUCCGCAAAGUGUCUGAAGAGAACAAACAGCUGAGGAGGUCCCCUCACUGCUACCACAAUGGAGUCCAGUACAAGAACCACGAGGAGUGGACAGUUGACAGCUGCACAGAGUGUCACUGUCAGGACUCUGUUACCAUCUGCAAAAAGGUCUCCUGCCCCAUUAUGCCCUGUUCCAAUGCCACUGUUCCUGAUGGAGAAUGCUGCCCACGGUGUUGGCCCAGUGACUCGGCAGAUGACGGCUGGUCCCCAUGGUCUGAGUGGACCUCCUGCUCGGUGACAUGUGGCAACGGAAUCCAGCAGCGUGGCCGCUCCUGCGACAGCCUCAACAACAGAUGCGAGGGCUCCUCUGUCCAGACGCGGACCUGCCACCUUCAGGAGUGUGACAAGAGAUUUAAACAGGAUGGCGGCUGGAGCCACUGGUCCCCAUGGUCUUCCUGCUCUGUGACCUGUGGUGAUGGUGUGAUCACCAGGAUCCGGCUCUGCAACUCUCCCACUCCCCAGAUGAAUGGCAAACCAUGUGAAGGCGAAGCUCGGGAGACCAAAGCCUGCAAGAAAGAUGCCUGCCCCAUAAAUGGAGGCUGGGGUCCCUGGUCUCCGUGGGACAUCUGUUCUGUCACCUGUGGAGGAGGAGUGCAGAAACGUAGCAGGCUCUGCAACAACCCCCCACCCCAAUUUGGAGGCAAGGACUGCAUUGGAGAUGUGACCGAGAACCAGAUCUGCAACAAGCAAGACUGUCCAAUCGAUGGGUGUCUGUCCAACCCCUGCUUUGCGGGCACCAAGUGUACCAGCUACCCCGAUGGCAGCUGGAAAUGCGGUGCGUGUCCCGCAGGUUACAGUGGAAAUGGAAUUCAGUGCAGAGACGUGGAUGAGUGCAAAGAAGUGCCAGAUGCCUGCUUCAACCACAACGGAGAGCACAGGUGUAAGAACACAGACCCUGGUUACAACUGCCUGCCCUGCCCACCACGCUUCUCUGGGCCCCAGCCCUUUGGCCGGGGUGUGGAACAUGCCACUGCUAACAAACAGGUGUGCAAGCCCCGCAACCCCUGCACAGACGGCACCCAUGACUGCAACAAGAAUGCCAAGUGCAACUACCUGGGACAUUACAGUGAUCCCAUGUUCCGCUGUGAGUGCAAGCCUGGCUAUGCAGGCAAUGGCAUCAUCUGCGGAGAGGACACAGACCUGGAUGGCUGGCCCAAUGAGGACCUGGUGUGUGUGGCCAAUGCCACCUACCACUGCAAAAAGGAUAACUGCCCCAACCUUCCCAACUCAGGACAGGAGGACUAUGACAAAGAUGGAAUCGGCGAUGCCUGUGAUGAUGAUGAUGACAAUGACAGGGUUCCAGACGAUAGGGACAAUUGUCCAUUCCAUUACAACCCCGCCCAGUAUGACUAUGACAGAGAUGAUGUGGGAGACCGCUGUGACAACUGCCCCUACAACCACAAUCCAGACCAGGCAGACACCGACAAGAACGGGGAAGGAGACGCCUGUGCUGUGGAUAUUGACGGGGAUGGUAUCCUCAAUGAGCGUGACAACUGCCAGUAUGUCUACAAUGUGGACCAGAGGGACACCGACAUGGACGGUGUUGGAGAUCAGUGUGACAACUGUCCCCUGGAACACAACCCAGAUCAGCUCGACUCUGACUCAGAUCUCAUUGGUGACACCUGUGACAACAAUCAGGACAUUGACGAAGAUGGCCACCAGAACAAUCUGGAUAACUGCCCCUAUGUGCCCAAUGCCAACCAGGCUGACCAUGACAAAGAUGGCAAGGGAGAUGCCUGUGAUCAUGAUGACGAUAAUGAUGGCAUUCCUGAUGACAAGGACAACUGCAGGCUGGUGCCCAAUCCCGACCAGAAAGACUCUGAUGGUGAUGGUCGAGGGGAUGCUUGCAAAGAUGACUUUGACCAUGACAGUGUGCCAGACAUUGAUGACAUCUGUCCUGAAAAUGUUGAUAUCAGUGAGACUGAUUUCCGCCGAUUCCAGAUGAUUCCUCUAGAUCCCAAAGGGACAUCCCAAAAUGACCCUAACUGGGUUGUACGUCAUCAGGGUAAAGAGCUCGUCCAGACUGUCAACUGUGAUCCUGGACUUGCUGUAGGCUAUGAUGAGUUCAACGCCGUGGACUUUAGUGGCACUUUCUUCAUUAACACCGAGCGGGAUGAUGACUAUGCCGGAUUUGUCUUCGGCUACCAGUCCAGCAGCCGCUUCUAUGUUGUGAUGUGGAAGCAAAUCACACAGACCUAUUGGGACACCCACCCCACAAAGGCUCAGGGCUACUCGGGUCUUUCUGUGAAAGUCGUGAACUCCACCACGGGGCCUGGCGAGCACCUGCGGAAUGCCCUGUGGCACACAGGCAAUACCCCUGGUCAGGUGCGCACCCUGUGGCAUGACCCCCGUAACAUUGGCUGGAAGGAUUUCACUGCCUACCGAUGGCGUCUGAGCCACAGGCCAAAGACAGGUUUCAUCAGAGUGGUAAUGUAUGAGGGGAAGAAAAUCAUGGCUGACUCAGGACCCAUCUAUGACAAAACCUAUGCUGGUGGUAGACUCGGGUUGUUUGUCUUCUCUCAAGAAAUGGUUUUCUUCUCUGACCUGAAAUACGAAUGCAGAGAUUCCUAAUCAUCAAACUGUUGGCCAAAAGACUAGACCUUAAUCGAUACUGGUAUUGGUACCUUCUGGAACCACGGGCUUGUGAAAAACCCCAGGAUCACUCCUCCCUGCCUGCCUUGUUUUUCUCUGCUUGAAUCAGUGUGAACUCCUAGAUCAUGUGACUUGCGUCAAGAAAAUGCAAUUUUCCAAAACACUCAGCAGUCAGCCUCUGAACCAGGAAAGAAUCUUCCAAUAAUAUAAACAAUUACUUCGGUGAGCUUUUGCAAAAGCAUCCGCGUAUUUCAGCUGCAAGGGGCCCUUCUCCACUCAGCUUCUGUCACGGAGCAGGGUGCUAUCGUGAGGCCGCCUAUGAGCAACGGACUGAACAGCGUUUUUCAGGCACUUCAGAAAAGGGAGGACUCCACAGAAUUAGCCUACGAAACCACCCCUUGUCUGACUCCCUCCAGAAAAGGGGAAGCAGAAAUCAAAGCCCUAGGGGAAAGGGUGCAUAUCCACAAGACAACUGUAUGAAGAAAAAAACUAUGGAGGAACCGUUACAUGUUUGGUACUAAAUCAUUUUCAGGGGAUUGAAGGACUAUUGCUGGAUUUCAUGACGCUGACUGGCGUUAGCUGAUUAACCUGCAUAAAUAGGCUCCUACGGAGAAGCAGGGAGAGAGGAGCAGACAGGCUUCUGGACUUCUCCCCUGCUCCCGCCCCUUACAAAUUACCUGUAGUUGAACAGGGUAGAGGUUGCCAUUGCCUGCUUUCAGUGAAACUGUUGGAAACUUGGUCUUAUGAGAGAUGUCGCAGGGAAAAUAAGAAAACCCACCAUCUCAGCGAGCACCACACUGCCUCCCCCAGGAGAGGCAGCCGUGCUUGUAUUUUUAUGGUUAGAAAGGCACAAAAUUACUAACGCAAACAUUCCUGAUCUUUCUCUCUCUCUUUUGUCCUGAACCAAGGGGCUUUCCAAUUCUCUUUUUCAGACUGCAGUUUUGUCGUGUCUUUUACAAAUGCUUUACAGUGUAAGAUAUUUAUUUUUCACUUAUUUUGGAAGAUCUGUCUGAAGGACUCUCCAUGGAACAGGGGGAAAGAAACAUAAGGACUUUCCAAAUCGCCUUUGUUAGGAGUCUGCUUAUGACUGUAAGAUUGUAAAUACAGAUUUAUUUAUUAACUCUGUUCUACCUGACAUCUAGGUUUCAGAUGAAAAGUGCUUUGAGAGGAGAGAGUGGAGAUUUAUUCACAAAUCUCUAUUAAGGACAGGCACAAGGAGAAGCAGCAGAGAGGAGCUGAUUUCCCCUUUGUGCUUUGAGUGAAUGAGCUGGAAUUCUUUUCUCUUCUGUCUUUUCAGGCGGAAUUAGUUGGUUGUCCAUUUGCAAAUGCUUUUAGAUUGCAAAGAACUGAUCAGGCCCUUAAUACUGUUUGACCCCAUUUCUCGUGCCUAUGUCCAGGGAGAAGAAAAGCAUCUACACUUUUUUUUUCAUUUUCCAAAAGAAAAAAAAUGACAAUGGUGAAACUUAUAUACAAAUAUUACCUCAUUUGUUGUGUGACUGAGUAAAGAAUUUUGGGAUCAAGCAGAAAGAGUUUAAGUGUCUAACAAACUUAAAGCUACUGUAGUACCUAAAAACGUCAAUGUUGUACAUAGUAUAAAAAUUCUUUGCAGAAAAGUAUUCCCAAUAAGAAAAUAGCAUUGAAAUGUUAAAUACAAUUUCUGAAAGUUACAUUUUUUCUAUCUUGUAUACCAUUGCUUUAUUUUUAUAAAUUAUUUUCUCAUUGCCAUUGGAAUAGUUAUCUCAGAGUGUGUAGAUAUGCUAUUUAAAUAAUUUAUCAGGAAAUACUGCCUGUAGAGUUAGUAUUUCUAUUUUUAUAAAAUGUUUGCACACUGAAUUGAAGAAUUGUUGGUUUUCUCUUUUUUUAAAUUUGUUUUUUGCUUGUAAUCCCCUCCCAGUUUUUACUAUUUGCCAAUAUCUUUUUUCUAGGAAUGGCUAUUUUGUACACAUUUUUAUCCAUUUUACAUUCUUAAAGCAGUGUAAUAAGUUGUAUAUUACUGUUUCUUACAUAAGGAACAACAAUAAAUCAUAUGGAAAUUUAUAUUUAUA